AUUCUUGACGGCAUCUUUGUCCAUAAAAUAUAGCUUCUUAGAUGCCUAACCAGUUGUAGAGUAGUCGCCAGUUCGAAUUGCUGUGCCUUAAUUUUCACAGUUCACAGUUUUAGCUGCUUUUUGGUUGUUGUAAACAAAUCGCUGCCGUAAAGGAACAACAACAACAACAAGAAGAAUAAGCACAGGAAGAGGCACAAUUCCAACAACAACAAGAAGAAGAACAAGAACAUUUUGUAGGUGUGUGCGAGCCGAAAAAGUUGAAUUUCGUUUCGAUUCCAUGCGAUUCUCGUUUUGGGGGAGCAGCCAGCGCAGUUUGAGUUGAACCUGUGCCAGGUGCGGAUGAACCAUUUCCGGCGGACAGUUCCAAUUGAUCUCGACGUCAUUGUGGUCGGUGCAUUGGGUUCUAUUUCGGUUUCUCGUGUUUUGAUAUCUAUUUUGGAACGCCUUUGAUUAUUUGGCAAUUGCCGUGAGAUAAACACACAACAGACAAGUAAAUAAACAGUGCAUGGACUGGAUUUGAGGCACAAGCAUGUCUCUGGCCAUGUCCACGGCGCAGUUCUGGCUGAUUGGCUGGCAGCUGCUGCUGAUUGCGGCUGGCUAUCCGGAGGAGGCGCGUCAUCCGUGCGCCUUCAUCGACACGGCCAACAUAACGGGCGGCUACAACAUGGGCAACUUGGGCGGCAGCCUGAACGGCUCCUACGUGUACAACUGGACGGUCAUACCCAAGGAGCUGGUCACCGCCUACGACUUUGUCAUCGAGAACGGCAUCCGGGUGCCGGCGGCGCGGCAUCUGCGGGCCUGCGUCUGCAAGCUGCGUCCCUGCGUGCGCUUCUGCUGCCCAGCCGGACAGCUUUACGAGCUGCAGCGUCGCCGCUGCGUGAUUCCAACUGGCGACGGGCCGCAGCCACCCGGGCACAGUCACAUGACCGUGGAGCUGCACAACGGCUCCCGGCUGAACCUCGAGCUGCGCACCCGGUUCAGCGUGCACGUGGAGACGCCCUGCGAUCAUAUGCGUGCCCUGACCAAGGAUUCCGUCUACCUCAACUGGACGCUGCACGAGAACGGUUCGAUUACCCAUCGGGAGCAUCUGUUCACCAAGCAUUACUGCUUCACCCCGCUCCGCGUCGGGAACAGCAGCUGGAACUGGCAGCCCCUCGCCUGUGCCCCGGAGAAGCUACACUUUGCGCUCGGCGUCCGCGAGUGGACCUAUGCAAUAUGCCUUCUGAUCUGCAUUAUAUCCAUGUUCAUCGUGCUGAUCGUGCACCUGAUGUGCUCAGGUAUGCGCAAUAGUUUCUACGGCGUGGCGAUCAAGGCCUACACGACGUGUGUUAUCUUUGGCUACGCUCUGCUGGCGCACCUGACGCUGCAUGAUCCCGCAAAUCUGUCGGCGGCCGCGUGUCGCGUAAUACCUAGCCUGGCGCUGCUCUUUCUGGUGCUGUCCUUCUACAUACUGAGCUUUAUAUCGUUUAAGCUUUACGUGAGCUUUCAUGGCGUGGUCUUCACCAAGCUCAUGUUCUGGCUGAUCUUCGGGCCGAUCGUGCUCAUCGCCGUGGGCUGGUCUGUGUUUGUGGGCUUCAGCUUUUACGGCGCCAAGCUUGUCUUUGGUGGCGACACCUGUUGGUUCGAUCCUCGCAACUGGAGCAUCAUGAUCUAUUUCUUUGCGCCCAUUUUCGUGGCCUGCGCGAUCAGCGGCUUCUUCUAUUUGCUCACGCUGAUACGCAUCUGCGACGACCCGGACUUGGAUGCGGAGAAGAGCUUUGAGUCCUUGGAGAAGAAUCGCUUAAAGUCCUUCUGGAAGUUCUUCACCUACACGGCGCUUACCUAUUUCGUUUGCGUCUGCUCCUUUGCGGUCAAUUAUUAUCGCGAGGAACGAUCGCAUUUGAACUACGCCGUUUGCUUUAGCACGGCCUUUCACGGAUUUGCGGCGCUCUAUGCGCUCGUCGGAAAGAAUCAACAGAUUCAGCACUUUCUGCGGAGGAUCGAUGAGAACAACGACGAGGACACCUGUGAGAACUCUGUGCCCAUGUCCGUAUACUGAAUGUCAGCCUUAUGUAUAUUAUCGACGCAGUUUGGCUGCCACUGCACAGUUGUUGCGUGCCUUGUGCGCUUUAGUCAGGACACAAACCGCCCGACUGAAGCAGCGCAGCUGUGACACGCACCAAAAGCAGCUUUUGUUUUGUUGUUGUUUAGUUGGAAACUCUUUUGAAAAGCCCAGCGGAAAAUAUUCUGAAGCAGUGUUGCAAACUGUUUUGAUAAAAUAAAUAUUGCUU